AUUGGAUCUUAAAAUGUUGAUUUCGCAAUGCAACGCUUAUAUAAAUAACGAUAUCUUCACCAUUCAUUCAUGUAUAUAUUGAUCGUCGGGUUUAUUUUUAAACAUGUCAACUGAACGGAUAGAAGCAGCUGAUUUGGAAAAUAAAUCAACAUCCAGAGAAAAGGUCGACGACACGGAUACCUUCCAGAUAGUAUGUGAAUACAUCGCCGUGUGUUUGUCUGCCUUAUUUAUUCUUGUUACCUUUCCAAUAACUCUACCUUCCAGCAUAAAGAUUAUUCAACAAUAUGAAAGGGGAGUCGUCGUUAGAAUGGGCAGAGAUCGUAAAAAAGAGUUGUUGAAACCAG